AUGAUAACAUUUGGAUCUCGGGUUUAUGGUUCAACUCAGGAGAGGCUGAAGAAAAUUAUUAACAUACCAAACCAUGGUGGAGGUGGUAAAUACUUAGGACUUCCAGAACAAUUCGGGAGGAAGAAAAAAGAAAUGUUCACAUUUAUUAUUGAUCGAGUUAGGAAACAAACUUCACAUUGGACUUCAAGACGUCUGUCACCAGCAGGAAAGGAAGUAAUGCUUAAAUCUGUUGCUGUCUCGAUGCCUGUUUAUGCGAUGUCGUGUUUUAAGCUGCCCAGGGGUGUCAUAUCAGACAUUGAGUCUCUGUUAAUGAAUUUCUGGUGGGAUAGGAAUUCUAACCAAAAAGGGAUUCCAUGGAUAUCAUGGAACAGACUCAAACAUUCGAAAAAAGAGGGAGGUCUGGGUUUCAGGGAUUUGGAGAAGUUUAAUGAUGCUUUGCUUGCCAAACAAGCAUGGAGAUUGCUCAAAUAUCCUAAUUCUCUGUUUGCAAAAGUCAUGAAGGCUCGAUAUUAUAAGGAUGACAAUCUACUAGAUGCAAAGGAACAAAAAAUCAGUCUUAUGGAUGGUCUUCUUUAUUAUAUGGGAUAG